UAUUUCAGGUACUCUUCAAGGAAGCACGACGUCAUCAUGCCACUGCCGUAGUCGGGCAAGGUUUGCCGUGAAAUGGUGUCGAAAAAAAUACCGUGUCUUGAACGAGCAUGGACGUUCUCGGAGAAAUCCUGUGGAGGUUAUCGUUUCUAGUUCCGGCUCCCCUCUGGACUGCUACGCGCAAAGGCAUGAUUGGACGAGAGGUGUUCGGUUACUGGUUUGCUUCGAGACAGCGACAGUGCUGACGUGUUCACGUGUGUGUGACGUGGCGCUAUCAGUGCGCGCGUCUCGAUGUGGGUGGCGGUCAGUGGCAGUGCGCUGAUGUGGGCGAGGAAGAUGCGUGGCAGGUCGGACAAGCCCAAGAAAGCGGACAAGCCCAAGAAAGCGGACAAGGCGAAGCCAGCGGGCAAGGCCAAGCAGGCGGACGCAGCGACAGCCUCCCCCAUCCAGGGCGCGUGUGUGCGGUUCUCCCUGGCGGACGUGGUGACCGCAACGGAGCACUGGGCAGCGCACUUGCACCUGAUGAGGGGCAGCUACAGCGAGCUGUUCAAGGGCGUGGACCCGCGGGAUGGCGUCACCCCCUGGCUCCUCAAGCGCCGCCUGUGCGCCACUGACGAGUUCCAGGCUGAGGUGGCGGAGAUGGGGCACAAGAACCACCCGCACCUGGUGCGGCUGCUGGGGUACUGCGACGAGCGCAACGAGGAGGGGCGCAGGGAGCAGGUGGCGGUGUAUGAGUUCAUGACAGGUGGCAGCAUCGCAGACAAGUUCGGCCCGGGUUGCACCGGCACGCCUCUGACCCUGCGGCAGCGGCUGGACAUUCUGAUAGGCGUGGCUCGUGGCCUAGAAUAUUUAAAUAGCUUCGGCAUUGUGCACCGCGGGCUCAACCCCGCUAACAUCCUACUGGAUGCUCGCUUGCACCCGAAGAUCGCAGGGUUUGACUCGGUGACGAGCAGCGACGCAGUGAGUGGUGGCGAGCACCCAGUGCCAUUCACAGGCGUGCGGGGGUACGUGGACCCGCACCUGCUACAGAGCAAAGAGCCCACCGCCACCAAUGACCUCUACAGUCUGGGGGUGGUGCUGCUGGAGCUGGUGUCGGGGCGCCGCUCCGUCACUCCACGGCAGACCACGGCACAAACCUUCAGAGACACCAUUGAACUGCAGCUUCAAGCCAACAACUUGGCUGCUAUGGUUGAUCCCUCCCUCGCCUCCUCCCUCUGCCGACGCGCCACCAGCACCAUCUCCAGCAUCCCCAGCAGCAGCACGACCACCACGCUUGCCAGCAUCAUCAGCAGCAGCACUGCCGGCACAUCAGUUGACAGCACUGCUAAUGCUACAGUGAGCGUUCCUAUACCGAAUGCUCUUGUACCUAGUAUAGUGCGGCUGGCUCGUGCCGGGCUUGCAUGCACCGCCAUGCCUGCUUCCUCCCGGCCCUCGCUAGGGAGAAUCCUUGCUGAGCUGGAGAUUGUGAGGGAUGACGUGGCGAAAGCAGUGAGGAAGAUGGAGGAAGAGGAGGGGGAAGAGCAGGAACGGGAGGUGCAUGGAGGGAGUGGCACUACGGCAAGCCAAAACGAAGACGCACAGCAGGACUCCUGGGCACGUCUUUACGAGCGUGAUCUUUCUCCCAUAUCACCUGCUCAUUCCUCUCUUCCUCAACCGCCGCCUCCUGUCGCCGCUCCCUCCUCCUCCGCCCUCCCCCUGGCGCCGCUGCUGUGCCAGCAGCUGAGUGUGGGGGAGGUGGUGCGGGCGACCAACGGGUGGGCGGAGGAGAGCCGCAUCGGCAGUGGCGGGUUUGGGGAUGUGUACCGCGGUGUGAGCCCCCUCGACGGCUCCACGCUGUGGGCCGUGAAGCGGGCCAAAGUGCUCACUAACGACUUUCAGAGAGAGAUCAACGAGAUGGCGUCGAAGCACCACCCCAACCUGGUGCGGCUGCUGGGGUUCUGCCAGGACUACGACGCGGCGGCUCAGCGCCUGGAGCAGAUCGCCGUGUACGAGCUCAUGCCCAAUGGCGACCUCCACCACCACAUGCGCGCCCAGGAGACAGGGGAUGUGUCCCCCCUGACCCUGCAGCAGCGGCUGGACAUUCUGAUAGGGGUGGCUCGCGGCCUGGAGUACCUGCACAGCUUUGGCAUUGUGCAUCGCGACAUCAAGCCGGCCAACAUCCUGCUGGACGCCAACAUGCAGGCGAAAUUGUCAGACUUUGGGUUGCUGAGGAUGGGCGAGGGAAGCUCAACAGUGCAGUCCACUCGAGUCAUGGGCACACCGGGCUACGUCGACCCCACUUACUCCCUCACCCGCAAGGCCACUCCUACUGCUGACGUGUACAGCUUUGGAGUGCUUAUGAUGGAGCUGCUCUCGGGCAAGCACGUGGUGAUGCCGUGUGACGAUGGAUCUCAGACCAACAUCAAGGACUGGGUGGAGCAGCAGGCUGCGAGUGGGAAUAGCUCGUCAGUUCUCGAUGCGGAUCUCAAUGCACCAGAAGCCAUGGCCUCCAAGUUAGUGGAGCUGUCUCUUUCAUCUGUUGCGAAGCUCACAUCAAAUCGCCCCAGCAUGAGCCAUCUUCUAGUUGAGCUAGAAACUGUGAGAAAGGAAUUCAUAGGUGGAAAGCAGGAGAGAGUAGCCCGGCAGUUGGAUGCCACAGUGCAAGCCUCUCUGAAUCGCAUGGUGCCUCUGGAGGAGGAGCUCGAGAUUAUCAGGAGCUUGCAGGAUGAUGAAGAUUAGUGGAAUUUCACCAUAGUGAUUCUUGUGAUUUCUCCAGCAGACUGUAUUCCCCUGUGUAAACGACUCGUUCGCUGGUAGUAACAAGGACCAUGGGACGGGUCUUAUUGC